AUGUCGAAUGAUAAUCAUAAAACUGAACUAACAACCCUACUUAAUGAACUAAUGACUGAUAUUGACUCAAAAUCACUACACCCCAAAAAUAAACUGCUCCUCUACAGUCGCUACGUCUUGUCCAAGUUAGCCUGGCACUUUACCGUCGCAACACUCUCUAAAACAUGGGUUACUGAAAAUAUCGAUUCUAUUGCCAACAAAUAUAUCCGCAGAUGGCUUGAAGUACCAAUAUCAGGAACACUAAGUACUGUCUUUCUAACAAAUAACAAAUUUGGUCUGAGUAUUUAUCCUCCAUCUGUAAAAUUUAUCCAGUGUCAAACAAUCCUCCGAAAAGCUUUAAAAUCUUCUCCUGGUGAAUCAACUAACGACCUGUGGAAAGCAACCAGUAACCAUACUAAUAUCCAAUAUGACGCUUAUAACUCUACUAAGGAAGUUCUCAAAGAUUUCCGUUCUGGACACGAAAACAAACUCCUAAACCAAUUAACCAGUCAAGGAUCCUUUUUCUGCAGCGUCAAGAAGUUCGCUUUACCUCAGCUUAACAAGGUGUGGUCCAUUGCCCAAUCAAAGCUCCCGAAAAACAUUAACAACUUUACCAUUCGUUACAUUAAGAACUCUCUUCCGACGCGCAAAAACCUAAACAGAUGGGCAAUAUCUUCAAAUUCAGACUGUUCUUUUUGUCUUAGCCCUGAAACAUUAUUACACAUAGUAGCUGGAUGUACGUCAGUUUUAUCUCGACCGAUUUACGUGGAGACACAAUUCAGUCCUGAACUUUCUUGCUCAUACUUUACAAACUGUUGA